AAAAGUUUUAAAGCGCACAUUACAUGUCCUUCAUCGGCUGAGCGUUCGAUAUUUUGCCCUCACCGGUGCUCCUAGAGGCCUAGGUUGGAAAACGUGUUUUGUGUCACGAAAACCGUCACCUAACUUCACCAGGUUUGGCCUGUCACGGCAGCACCGAUGUGGAAGUUGUGUGGAGGGUCAUCGUUUUGUUGUUGGCCAUCUUGGUUGCAGAAUGCCGUGCAACCGCGGGCUUGUGUUUUUGGCUGUUUGGCUGAUUGACGGGCGGGUGUUGCGAUGCAGCUCUUUUGCCAAAUGGCAAUCAUUGUGUAGGCAGGUUGGACACGAACCAUGAGCGAAGAAGGGCUUCCAUCAACAACACCGGCCAAGAAGAGUGGCGGCUACAAUAUCCAAGAGACAGUGGCCGUCGUGGUGGACAAUGUUUGGCAGUAUGUGCACAUAGGGGCUGCAGCUUUUCUUUUCUACGAAGACCACCUUUUGUGCCUCUACAGUUUGCUGGGUUUUGUCAGUUUGUGCGGUGGUGUUGUCGCAGCAUCAUCUUCAGGAACUAUUGUUCCCACUAUGGGCGAAGAACUUUGGCGAAUCGUCAUCCCAGCGUCAGCAAUUUUGGCAGUAACGACCUCUUUGUUUGGGCCUCGGCAAUUUCCAUAAUUCCAUACCCGUGACAUGUGUCGGCAGUCCUUUGCGAGCAGUUCACAACAGCGAAAAACAUGUUUUCCCUGGUGCAUGCAUGGCACCCAUUGCGCGAUCUUCGGCCCAGGGGUUGCCGCGUCGCCGGUUGGAUCUCUGCCACGGCAACCUGCUGCUUUUGCGUUUUGCUGCCUGUGGUCAUCGUGGCGUUGACGACGGUGACCCUUAAGAAUGACAAGACAGCUCGACUGAUCCGAAACUGCAUUGGAUGAGCUGGAAAAGACAGAAAAAGACAAUCAGGGGAACUGGCAAAGGCGCCAGUGAGCCGCCAGUGAGGCCAAAGGAGCCAAAGGCCGCAGCUUUGCGGCAGGUUAGGGGCGAGUAGAGGCGAGCAUUGGCAGGGCGGUGGAUGGCGGUGGGGCUUGAGGGCCU